UGAUUCCUGUCACCAUACAUUGUACGAACAAAAUUGUGGUAAAAAAUGGCAAGCAAGCAACUUGUAAACAAUUUGGCCAAAAUCGGCCGCUCCAGCCAAAAUUGGAUGUCACCAUUGGCCACAGUCCGCAAUUCCAGCUGCCGCAGUGACAUCGAGAAGGUCACGCACACCGGCCAGGUGUUCGAUAAAGAUGACUACCGUAAUGUCCGUUUCGUGAAUGCCAAGCGGUAUGUGAACGAGAACUGGGGUAUCAAGUUGAUCGAAGAGGUCCCGCCCAAGGAAUGCACCGAACGAGUGGUAUACUGCGAUGGUGGCGAUGGUCCUUUGGGUCAUCCCAAGGUCUACAUCAACCUGGACAAACCCGGCAAUCACAUCUGCGGUUACUGCGGCCUGCGCUUCGUCAAGAAGGAUGAUCACCAUCAUUAAACAAAUGGCUAAUAGCUAAUAGCUUCCUGUUGCUCUAGUUUAAACCCAACUAAACUGAAUAAAUCUAUAAUAGAAAAUGGA